AUGUUUGGUGGUAUCAUUAGAGCUUUUUCAAACUCUGGAUCAGUUAAUUCAAUUAACAGAUUUGCAAAUAAAAAUGCCCAAAGUUUUUUAAACUCAAUGGUCAACGAUAAAAAGUUUUUUAGUACCAAUAAUGAUUCAAAACCAAAAUUAAGAAAUAUUUUAAAGAGAUUUUAUUUAAUGGUCCAUCCAGAUACAUUAACAUCAUAUCCAAAAGAAAAAAGCGUAAAUUCACAUAAUAUGAAGUUAUUUAUGUCUAUUUUCGACCAAUAUAAAAAGAGACCAUCACCAGAUCCAAACACCAAACCAAUAGUUCAUAAUUUAUCAUUUUAUAUCCCAGAGAAUGACGUUGAAACAACCAAACCAAUCCCAGGUAAAUUUAAGAUGAUAGAUAUCGAGUUGAUUCAAAAUUGUAAUAAUCCAUCACACAUUCCAAACCAAAUUAGAUUAUUAUUUGAAAAAUGUUCACUUCCAACCGACUUUAUAACAGAGAUUGAAAUGGUAGAUAACGUCAAAUUACCAAGUAUCGAUACUUCACUCAGACAAUUCCUUUUAGAUAACAAGCUUUUCAUUCAUCAACUUUUAAAGAAUGGUGAAAAACAAAAAACAGAAUUAGAUCAUAUUGUAAAGAGAUUAAGAAAAGAUUUGAAAGUUGAUAUUCAAUUAACUACCAACCCAAUCGAUUCAGGUUUUACCUAUCACGAAAACCUUCAAGCACUCGAACUCUUCCAAGAGGUCUACAGAAAUUGGAGCCAACAAGUUUUACAAAAAAAUACACCAGGCUCUGAAUUGGUUAGAAAGAAUAUGUUAAAAUACAACUUGGACUACACUGAAACCAAUUUCACCUCUGGUGACUCUAUUGUUUAUUUAGAUCGUUCAUCAACAGAAACCUGGGAAUCCUAUUUAAAGAAUUUAGAUUUAGAUCGUUUAAAGAAUGAAAUCGAUGAAGAAAGAGCCAAAAUAAUGGAAAAUCUAAAGAAACUUAAUCAAGAUAGAACCGAAUUCAAUAAAAAUAUUCCAAUUUUAACCAAAUUAUUAAAAGUUCGUUCAAUUCAAUAUAACGAACACGACGACCCAACUGAAGAUCCAAAACUUUAUAUUGAACCAACCGAACAAAUGGCUGAAACUUUAAAAUUCUCAAAUAUGUUAUUAAAAAGAAAAAGCGAAAUUGAAAAUUUAAUGAAAACAAGAUUUAAAAAAAUCAGAACAAGUUUCAAUUUACUUAUUACACCAAAUUUACACAGAUCAAGAUAUUUAAUUGAUAUUGAUGGUUCAUUAAAAGUUAAUCCAAACAUUAGCUUUGAAGAGUUUAUGAAUCUUUUAGAAAGCCAUUCAGGAUUAGCCAUUGAACAAGCUAAAUUAUCAGAUAGAUUCGAAUCAGUAAGAGAUUAUGCUCAAGUUCGUAUGGGUUUAAAGAAUUUAACUUGUUUAAGUUCAUUUGCCUACACCUAUGGUCCAAUUAAAGUUUUCGAAGCCUACCAAAAACUUGCAGAUUCUUCCGACCGUCUUCGUGAUAUUGGUUUAAGUGGUUUUACAAUUGUUAUUGGUGAUUACUAUAGUGUCAAUAGAAGUGGUGAAAUUAUCUUAAAAUACGAUUUUAAUACUGAAGAUUUAAUUAAACAAUUAACAGCUCCAAGUGAAGAACAACCAUCCGAGCAACAAAUCGAUACCGAAAAAAAAGUUGAAGAAAUUACUUUUAAUAUGGAUCAACUUUCAAAUGUUAUUAAUGAAUAUGAAAAAACCAAUAAAUCUUUAUAG